AUGCUGGUCUCGAAGGUGAAGCAGGAAAUGAAAGACAUCAAAGCUGCUGCUGCUGCUGCUCGCGACGCGCUGCAGCAGCAGCUCGACAGCGCCGAGGAGAAAGUUGCUGCAGCAGAAAAAGCAGCAGCAGCACAACUAGCAGCAAAAGAAAGACAAAUCCGCGCGCUGCAGCAAGCAGCAGCAGCAGAUGAAUCCCAAAUGAGCUACUGCAGCAAAAGACAAGAAGAGCUGGAGCGCCAAGCAGCAAGGCUGCGCGCGCAGCUGCAGCAGCAAGCCGACAGAGCAGCAGCAGACGCAGCAAACUCCGACAGCAAGCUGCAGCAGCUCGAGACCCAGCUCGAAGCAGCAGCAAAACUCAAGCAGCAAGCUGCAGCAGAAUCCAGCAGCCUCAAAGCAGCAAACUGCGCCCUCAAGAAGCAGCUUGCUGCAGCAGAGGACAGGGCCCGCACACUCCAGGCCAACGCCCAGAAGGCGCAGAGCCAGCUCAAAGAGGUGGAGCGGGAAGCAGCAGCAGCAGCAGCACGGGAAGCAGACGCAGCAGCCGAGCGGGACCGGCUGCAGCAGGAGCUAGCAGCAGUGCAGGAAGCAGCAGCAGCAGCAGCAGCAAAAGAAAGGAAGCAAAGACAAGAAAUAGAAAAUGCCCUUCAAGGAGAUUACACUCGGGCGCAGCAAGAGCUGGCGAGAACAGCAGCAGAGCUGCGGGCGGAGCGGAACAAGCUUGCUGCGCUGCAGCUGCAGCAGCAGCAGCAGCAGCAGCAGCUGCAGCAGCUGCAGCAGGCCGACGCCAAGCUGCAGCAACUCAGCCUCCCCUUCUCCAGAAUCAAAUCUGCUUUUGCUGCUCUCACUGGACAGCUAGCUGCUGAUGACCUCCAGCUAGCUGCUGGAGUUUCCCAGGCCCUCAGGGACUUUGCAGAGGCCAGGCAGGACCUCCAGGUGACUCCCCAGCUAGCUAGCUAG